CGCUCCUAUAAGUGUUUUUGAGGAUGCCUCAGGAGGAACGAUUAAGGAAAGAGGGGGUUUCGUGCUUCCGAGUCGUCUGCCCGAUCGCAGGAGGGCGACCCCAAUCCAGUGCUUUUGCCAUUUCUGGAUCUUGGCGCAGGUAAGCGGGUGGGACGAGUACGAUGGUGAGGGGGAAGACGCAGAUGAAGCGGAUAGAGAACGCGACUAGCCGGCAGGUGACUUUCUCCAAGCGGAGGAAUGGGCUGCUGAAGAAGGCCUUCGAGCUGUCGGUGCUUUGCGACGCCGAGAUCGCCCUUAUCAUCUUCUCCGCUCGGGGGAAGCUCUACGAGUUCGCCAGCUCCAGUAUGCAAGAGAUAAUUGAGCGUUAUAAAGCACAUGCAAAAGAAAGUACCAGCAGCAGUGCCAUAGAUCAUGAGAAUCAGCCAUCUAGGUACGAAGCUGCAAGCUUGUUAAAGAAAAUUGAACAUCUUGAAACCUUUAAAAGGAAGAUCUUAGGUGAAAAUUUAGAGUCAUGUUCUAUCGAAGAACUGCAUGAAUUGGAGAGCAAGCUAGAACAUGGCCUACGCAGAAUCAGAGGAAAGAAGCAACAAUUACUAGAGGAGCAGCUCGCACAGCUUCAGCAGAAGGAGAACACCCUCGUGGAGGAGAACACGUUACUUCGUGAAAAGUUACAACCUAAUCUACCAUCUGAGGCUGCCAAUAAAGUUGUUUUAGAUGACAUUCCUGGUGAGCAUACCGAGGUUGACGUUGAGACAGAGCUUUGCAUUGGAUGUCCAGGAAGAGGAAAGACAAACGGCAUCUUGCAAGGUUGAUUCCCAGUGUUCUGACCCAAUGCAGGAUAUGUAUUUGUUGCCACUGACAAUAAGUGACAGUGCAGUUUCCUCUGGAAAAGGACAACAAAAUCCAGAAAUAUUUUCUGUUUGGUUGUUAUUUUAAAGCUGGAAUAAGGUCAGAGAAAAAGAUGAGAAUUAGUUCUGAAAAAGAUGUGCUACUUUUCCAGAGCCAGCAUUGCAACGCAAAGUCUACCAGCGUAGUGAAGAAAAAGGAUCAGGUACCAGCACGGCGGAGCCUUUUCUUCCCAUCUGCUAUAGUUUUGUUUCCUGCGUAUGUAAUAAGAACUAGAAAUAAGCUUAGAAAAAAAGUAGAUGUAGCUCAUCCAUAUAUAAAAAGGAUGAAGGUGACUGACUGCUCUCUUUCGGGAGGCAGCCAAUGGAAGGUCGUGCAUACUACCUGUUGGAAAUUGGAACUCUUGUUGACUAUCGAUA